UGGUCCAGGGACGGGGGACGAGCGGCGUCGAGGGGGCAACCGGCAUUUCUCUAGCCACGAUGCCGAUCCUGUCGCACGCUGGGUCCGUGGUCUUCGCUCGGCCUGGUCGUCGGAUCACGAUCCGACGGCGGUGGGCGCCGGAUAGAAGGUUGCGGUGGCUGGUGACCUCGGCAUGGGCGAUGAAAAAAGAUGUGGCCCGAGGAGGCUACGGAUCAGAGGGGAGAGGACGACGAUGGUGCCGUUGGGGAUGGGAUGCUGUGAUCAUCACGUGGGCAUGGGGCGGAUGGAAUGUAGAGAGACGGGUGGGACAGGGAUAGGCAUGCUUGGCCUUGAGGGGGGAUGUCCUUGGACAUCCAUCUUUGAACCUGGACUAGGAAGAAUACCUGGCUGCCGAUGGCUCAGAAUAAGGAUGAGUAUGAUGGGCGUAAAAAUGGUACGUCUUCUGCUGCUGGUUCGUCCGCAUCUCAACUAGUUGUAAUCUGAUCCACCAUGACUCAGAACAUGCUGCCUAAUUACAAUGAGCAUGAGAAAACUAUUUCUGUAAGCAAAUCAUGUAGUAGUUUACAUCUACCUGUGUCUGCUAAUCCUGUGUGUCGUAGGGUUGUGAUGGUGUUGCCUCUACUGUCAAGUAUGAGGGAGUGGAAUGCAAAGAUUAAGAGACAUAGAAAGAAGUAACAAACAUCACAAACACGAUUCCCCUGUUAAGAAAGAGAUCCAUGUCGCAGGACUUGCUAAAGGUCAGGGAUGAUGAAGACUGAUGUUAUCAUGGUUCUGUUGUUGGGGUCUGAUUUGGUUUUGGGGACUUGGGGUUAAUCUUUUGGUGCAUAUGGUUGUCUUAUACAUGAACACAAUCAAAUUCUGGGAGUCUUGCGUUUAUUUAUCCUACUUUUGAUCAUGAUAUCAUCUUUUGAUACUCUAAAAAGGAGAACAUAAAUGAGAUAGGUAACAUUCUGGAUGAGGUCAAAGCAAACAGAAACUUUUGAUGGCAUCUCAAAGAACACACAAGGAUCAAAAUGCAAAUACUAAGAUCGAAUCUCUUGUUGUUCAAACAAUCACCAUUUCAUUUUAGGUUGCACACCAAGAUUGAUGAUCCCAAGUUUUGACUUCUAUCAGCUGUUCAUUUGUCACUUCGGUAGGCUUCCUGAAUCAAAUUUCCAUUGAGUCAAUUUACUUCUCAUGGUUUAAAGCAAACUCCAGCUGCAGAGUCAAACAAGGAAGUUGCAAUUCUCUUCCUGAGUUCCUGUUGCAGAGUCAAUUUACUUGUUGUUGGCGUUCUGAGCUAAAUUGUUCUCAUCAUGAAGACAAUGGCAGGUCUUCACUUCCUGGAAGCCUCUGCUUUCUUGUUUCCGAUCUUUCUACAUUCAUUCAAAUGAUCGAUCAGGUCAGAACCUUCUUGGUUGGUCAAUGCCAGCAAUCAAGUGGGGCAUGCCUGGAUCAGUAUGUUGGACUAAUCCCUUGCACUGCUAUGAGAAGAGUCCAAUAAGGCUGCUACGAUCAAAGUCAAGGACAUGGUGCAGGGGUCAUUUUGCUUGUCAUGCACUCUUCUUGCACUGUCUUCUUGUGACAUUCUGUGGUUUGAUGUUCUGAGACCAGUCUAACAGUUUGGAUUCUUCUUUAGCAUUUGUGAACAAAACAGGGCAAGUUAGCACCCACCAACUACAAUUUGAUCACUGCUUAAAUUAUGGAGUUCAAAAUCUGCAAGCAGUUUCAAGUCCCUUCAUAGAGAGGAAAGAAAGCAAAAAGAAGAAAUCCUAGCUAUCUACUUGCAAGAAUCUCAAAUGCAUAAAGGUUCACAAAAAGAAGCUGCAGACUGAUGGUGAGGCUACUACCGUACGUUGCAAUCUUCUUGUUAUCAUCUCUAUCUCUUCUACUGCUUGGUGCUUCAGAUGACAGGCUCACUCCCGGGGAAUUCAUCUCCCUGAAUGAGACUUUGGUCUCCGAUGCUGGAGAAUUUGUGUUCGGCUUCUUCUCUCCUACAAAUUCCACUGGUGAUUUCUAUGCUGGGGUGUGGUACAACAUCCCUCAGAGGACGGUCAUAUGGGUUGCCAACAGAGAGCAGCCGAUCAAUGAUUCCUCUGCGACUCUUCGAAUCUCUGAUGACAGCAACCUCGUCAUCAUGGACUCAGAAGGAGGCAUCUUCUGGUCAUCAAAUUUAUCAGGCUUUGGCACACCAGGCAAUGACACAGCAGCAGUGCUGCUCAACUCAGGAAGUCUGGUUCUUAGAGCAAACAGUCAUAAUAUAUUGUGGCAGAGCUUUGAUCAUCCUACGGACACCUUCGUUCCAGGUAUGAAGAUCCAGUACAAUUUCGGCAAACACUCAGCCAGGUACAUUACAUCUUGGAAGGACGCAAAUGACCCCUCACCAGGGAAUUUCUCCCUUGGCAUUGGUUCCAGCACUGCUGCCCAGCUCCUGAUUUGGUCGGGGACAAAGCCCUACUGGAGAAGCCAAGUGUGGAUUGGGAAAAUAUUCACUGGAUCACGAGCAAUCAACACCACCGCUGUGGCAUACUUAACAGUGCUAGAAGAUGAUGAUGAGAUCGGCAUCACAUUAAGUGUCUCAGAUGCAUCAUUGUAUAUUAGAUACACAUUAAACUAUUUAGGACAGAUUGAGUUACUGAUUUGGGAUAAUAGUUCCAAGAAUUGGACAAAGUACUCAUCUGUGCCAAAUGACAAGUGCGAAACAUAUGGAUGGUGCGGUCAAUUCGCGUAUUGUGAUAGUACUGAAUCAGUGCCAGCAUGCAAAUGUAUGGAAGGAUUUAAGCCCAAGGUUCAGAGUGACUGGGAGAAUGGGAACUUCUCGGCUGGUUGCACCAGAAAGAAGGCAUUGAGGUGUGGUGAUGGUGAUGGAUUUCUGAGAGUUGAAGGCAUGAAAUUGCCAGACCAUGUUGUGUUUCUUAGGAACAGAAACAUCGGAGACUGCAGAACUGCAUGCCUAACCAAUUGUUCCUGUACAGCUUAUGCUUAUUCUGAUGUGACAACGGGAAACGAAACGUUCUCAGGGUGCUUGAUUUGGGUGGGAGAGUUGAUAGAUACUGAGAUGGUAAGCAGUGGUGGGGAGGAUCUCUAUUUGCGCCUAAUGGAUAUUAGUUUAGGUGUAUUCAAGGAUCGAAAGAAAGGAAAUCUACUAAGUGAUCUGAGCUCAGGGACAGACUUUGCAAAUAACAUAUCUGGCUCGAACGAAUUCAUAGAAAGGCAGCCUCAUCAAGGUCCAGAACUUCCGCUAAUUGGUUUUGAGAACAUACUCUUUGCCACAAACAAUUUCUCCGAUUCAAAUAAGCUGGGACAAGGAGGUUUUGGCAUAGUUUACAAGGGAAACCUACCAGGAGGACAAGAGAUUGCUGUUAAAAGACUCUUGAGAGGAUCUAGGCAAGGUUUGGAGGAGUUCAAAAAUGAGGUCAUUUUGAUUGCCAAGUUACAGCACAGGAACUUAGUCAAGCUUAUUGCUUGCUGUAUCCAUGGGGAAGAGAAGCUACUGGUCUAUGAGUACAUGCCCAACAAAAGUUUGGAUUUCUUCCUCUUUGAUCCAACACAGAAAGCAAAGCUUGACUGGGGAAAGCGAUUCAACAUAAUCAAGGGGAUCGCUCGAGCACUUUUGUAUCUACACCAGGACUCGAGGCUUCGUAUAAUUCAUCGGGAUCUUAAAGCCAGCAACAUUCUGCUAGAUGCAGAGAUGAAUCCAAAGAUAUCUGACUUUGGUAUGGCAAGAAUUUUUGGUGGCAACCAGGAUGAAGCAAGCACAAACAGAGUCGUCGGAACAUACGGUUACAUGUCUCCUGAGUACGCAAUGGAGGGCCUCUUUUCCGUGAAGUCUGAUGUCUACAGCUACGGAGUGCUCUUGUUGGAGAUUGUGAGCGGCUUUCGGAACAGCAGCUUUCACUUAAUCAUGGACUUCCCAAACCUUCUAGCUUACGCAUGGGAACUCUGGAACGAAGGCAAGGAAAAUGACUACGUCGAUUCAUCCAUCGCCGACACAUGCUCUCCGACCGAGGUGUUGAGAAGCAUCCAUGUGGGCCUCCUGUGCGUGCAAGAUAGCCCGAACGAUCGGCCAGCCAUGUCUUCGGUUGUCUUCAUGCUGGAAAACGAGGAAGCCACAAUCUCUGCAGCACCCAAACAGCCCAUCUUUACAAUUCAAAGAAACCUGAAUCCAGAUAUAGGUCAUCCACCAGAUGACACCUACCUGGUGUAUUCUUACAACAACAUGACCGUCACAGCUGCAGAAGGACGCUAGAGACCCAUCUCAAAAUAUGUUGAGCAGAGACACCAACAAGCAAGCAGAGGUCUAUUAUGUAGAAAAUUCACUUGUUUGUGAAUCUAUCGCGGUGUAUUGUUUGACAUCGCAUUCUGCCUUCAGGUCUGACAAAUGACAGCCACAACAUGAUGGGACUGUCGACGUUAUCACAACUUGCAGUAGUGACUUUGACAAAAGAUUGUCAUUGAGGUAUUAUAUAUAGUUCGAGACACUUGUGACGGAAUAUUUGAUGUGAUUUCUUUAUUUGAUUUGAUAUAAUUUUAGCUUAAUUAAA